AUGAACGCUAUAGCUGAGGACAGCUAUAAAGAGCCAAACGAAUUCGAGGACAGCGACAGCGACAAGGAUAAUAUGAAUGUCGACAGUGAAGACGCUCAAACUCUCAAGUCAAACGGUGGUGCAUUCAGAGCACCAACUAAAGACGAAGUUCAAUCACUCAAAGAGACAGGAGAACUAUUCAAAUCAAAUCUAUUCAGGCUUCAGAUUGAAUCCCUUCUCGAGGAGAUACAACAGCCGUCUUCUCAGGCUGAAAGUCUGACACACGCACUACACGCUAUCAGGAACCUCAUAAUAGAUCUUAAACCCAUUCCUAAAUCACAGGAUGGCAAAUUAUCAACCAAAGAAGCCAACAGCUAUCUCAAAAAGCAUCACCUCAGCUUGCCUCUAUCCAGGGAAAUCCCGCUAGACGUCAAUUGGGGAGUCGGAUUCGAUAAACCUCACACUGUUCAAGUUGGUGGUGCAUGGCCACUUAAAACCGGCGUCAAAAGGCGGUCGAGCAAGAAGAAAGCUUGGCAAGUCACUCUCGCUGUAUUCCUCCCUUCCCACCUCAUCCAAGAGAAGGAUCAUAUGAAUGACAGGUGGCUCUUCAAACAAGCCUUCUACGUUACCAUAUUGGCUGAAGUCUUGGCAAACAGUAAGCUGGAGGUGGAUGUACAAGUGACGCAUGAGAAUGGUUUGGAAUUAGAACCGGUAAUCAACAUAACCGGUAAGAAGGGCAGCAAAUUUAUUCCCAGCAAUGCAACAAUCACUAUUGUCCCUGCAUUAGGUCAUCCUUGUCCAUUCAAACCCCUCAGCAAAAUAUCACCUGCUAAGAUUGGUUCGAAAUUGAGCAAUGCAUUUAUCAAGCCAUCAUUACUAACAACUCACCUGUCGUACUUGUACAAUAUCGCAGAAACAGUCCCUGCUUUCAGAGACGCUGUCAAAUUACUCAAAAUUUGGUCAAACCAGAGAGCCCUUGAGUGGUUCUUGGAGGGUUUUAAUGCUGAGUUUUUGGUUGCGCUGCUUGUUGAAGGUGAUCAACAUGGCAGCAAACGUGUUGGAAAAGGACUCAGCUCGUAUCAGCUUUUCAAAGCAGUGAUGGAUCUUAUAGCCCAGACUGAUUUUAGUAAUGUCUUCAUCAAGAGUACUUCUGCCAGUGGGUUUUCACAGGAGGAUUUUGUGGGUAGCUCUACUUUACUUUUCGUCGAUCCUACACGCACAUUUAAUUUCAUGGACGGUCUCUUGCCUGAGGAUGUCCAAGUGAUGGCCUUCGAAGCUAAGAUGACACUUGACGCACUCAGCGACGAAAGUGAUAGAUUUGAAGAGACAUUUAUGCGUGACUUGCGCAACCCCAUGCCCAGAUUCGAUCUGUUAGGCAAGACGACAUUGCCAUUGAAACUGAUGAAGAAGAUGAAGAAGGGUGUGAAUGUAAGACAGUCCAUCGCAUCAAUUCUCACACAGGCACUUGGUAAUCGGGUAAAAGUGAUCAAUUUACAAAUCCACAAUGACAACAUAGUCAUAGGGUUGAUACUUGAAUCUGAAAUGGCUGGUAGGAUGGUCGACCAUGGGCCGCCCGCCGAAGAUAAAGAGGGAUGUGAGCAAUUCAGAGCAUUCUGGGGGGAGGUGUCAGACAUGAGGCGAUUCAAGGAUGGAAAGAUAAACGAGAGUGUAGUAUGGACGCAGGGAGGAUCGAAAGAACACAUUCCAAUCCAAAUUGUGAAAUGGAUUCUCGGACGUCAUUUCCACAUGGAAGGAUUCACAUUCAUAGCUGAAGAAUUCGACGGAUUGCUAGACGCCGGUGCGGUAGAUGGAGUUACGACAUUCAACGAUUUUGACACACCCCUGCAAUCCUACGAUGACUUCCAGAGGAUGUUGCGCGACAUGACCAGUCUGCCACUGGAAGUAAUGAACGUUUCCCCAUCUACACCCCUCCUACGCCACACAUCACCAUAUCCACAACCCACGCGCGAUAUGAACAGAUUCGGUCUCACGCCUACUUCUGCGCGAUACAUUCCGGCAGCCGAGAUGAAUGUGCAGUUCGAAAGCAGUGGUAAGUGGCCAGACGACUUGGGGGCAAUCCAAGUGACGAAAGCCGCGUUCCUCGAAGCAUUAGGUGAAGAGCUACAAAAAGGGGGUGAGUACACAGCGCAAGUAGUCAUCGAUCACCCCCUUCCUUGCGACAUAGAAGAUGCGGUUUCACUAGAAGUCGUCAACGACCGAGGCUAUGCAUGGAAGCUACGCAUCCAGCACGACAGAGAGCUGACGCUGCUCGAGAGGAAGCUCAACGACAAGAGCGGUACGACAGACACUCAAAGACAGCAUUUGAAGGGUGUGCGCGAGAGGUACAUGCAGAAAUUUUCCCAUAAACCCCGCCACCACCAGGCCGUGAUGGCUCUCACGCACAGGUUUAAAGCCUACGCUAAGACGGUGAGGCUCGUGUCACGCUGGGUGGAUGCCCAUCUCCUUUCCCCUCACGUGACCCACGAGUUCGUCGAGCUAGUUGUGGCUAGUGUGUUCCUCAACAGUGGCACAUACGCACCACCAGCGACAGCAGCACUCGGUUUCCUCCGCUCUGUUAUGCUACUUGCAGAGUGGCAAUUCAAACAAGAGCCCUUGCUCGUGCCUCUUUACACAGCGUCGCAGAUGCAAGAGGAGCACGUAGACAAGAAAGUAGUUUUCCCUGCUCGAGAACGAAGUGGAGCGGAGAAGGCGUUUGAAAUACUGCGCAGAACGGAUCCAGACGUCACUACGACUGCCAUGUUCGUAGCUACAGAGCGCGAUUCUUCAGGCGGAAACUUCACACAUCGCAAACCAACCACCGUCGUCGCUGGCCGUUUGCAGGCUGUCGCAAAGGCUGCAAUGGAUGCACUGGUGCAUAAAGAUGGACUGGAAGUUAUGCAUCUGUUCAAAUCUCCCACUCAUAUCUACGAUUUCGUCGUCUACCUCAAACCGAUUGCUAACACCCGUCUUUAUCAGUCGCUCCUCGAUGAUAGAUAUAAGGCUGGGGAUGUCGAUAUUUCGAAUGAACCGCUCGUCGGUUUUGACCCGACUGCCUUACUCGUCGAACAUCUUGAACGCGUUUAUGGAGAUGUACUUCUCUUUUUCCAUGAUAAGUGCGGUGGUUGUAUAGUGGGUGCACUGUGGAAUCCUACAUACAACGCACCUCGCAAGUGGAAAGUUGGACUGCAUUAUCCAGUCAAGCCGACCGAUCAGGGCAAAGAUGAAGUAGUCAUCGACAAGCAGGCUAUUAUUGCAGAGAUAGCUGCACUUGGUUAUGACAUGAUGGAUAGCAUCGGACACGCAUAA